AAACCUCACAAGAAGAUUCAGGCAGUAGCCAAAGCCUAAGCAAAGUACUUUUACUCCUCCGUUCGAACACGCUGUACAUUCCUCAACAUGGUCAAUUGUUGUUAAGAGUGUCUCUAUCUGGGCUUCUUCUCUCAACAGCUUCCGCUACCGAAGCCAUGGUCACAGUAUGGUGACCGACAACAGUCAAGAUGAGCUCAAAAUGCAGUACAGCGAACUUCCCAGAUAGACUGAAUAUGGUUCCACCCAAAGCUUGCCCCUUUAGGAUUGAGCUUGAGAGGAUCAAGAUGUGUAAUUGCUGCCCAUCGUUUAAAAGGGACCGGCUCUCUUAACAAGUUCUGUGGUUUUUGAGUAGUACUCUUUGAUACGUGCCAAGAUCAUCGCUUUGGAUGUGAUGCUGUUUCAAUUUCAAGUUUAAACGAGCAGUGAGCACCAUGGACAAUUAAUUGGUUAAUGGGUGUGUUUAUGUGAAGGUCGUGGGAUUUCUGACACCUCUGUUGUGGGAGUAUAGGCGGAAGAACUCAUCGACUCUGUCACUUUGGAAACUAUAUAAAAAAUUUGGAGAUUGCUGCUUAUGGUCCAAGGCUUUGUUUUUGUGGAUAUGAGGAGGCUGCUGUUCAUCGCCAGCAUAAUCGUCACAGCUUUAGCUGUGUUUCAAUACUCCACACUCCCUCAUGGGAGAACAGGAUUUGCAUUCGUCGUCGGGGGAGGAGUUGGUUCGACGGUAGUGGUAAUGAGCAAUGCCACCAUCUCGGACAGCUCAAAAUCACCUGACUCUUACGUACUGCAUGAGGAGUCUGACAAGGUUGCUGGCUCUGAUUUGGAGGAAGAGAGUGGCUUUCAGAAUAUCGGAGUGAAAGAUUUGGACAAGGCUCAGAGGAACUCAGACGACAUUUUCUCACCUCAUAAAAGUAGCAACUUGAACGAAAACUCCAUAUCUAUCAUGAGUGUCCACCAUGGAAAGGAUUUGCAGACUGGAAACGAUGAUGAUGUAAAUGUUGUGUCUACUGUGGAGGAGGCUACUAACCUGAUUUCCAUUUCAAGAAAGGUAGAAGACGCAGGAAAAGACAUGGUUUCAUCUGUGGAUUUUGCUUCUCUACCACUUUCACCAGCUAAAUUUCCUGCACAGAGUUUAGCAGAUGAGGAUGCAGAUUUAAGAUCUAUCUCGGAGUUUCAGACAGGUUUCUCCAAUAUAAGCAAUUUCAGAAUUCCAACCAAGCGAGAAGUGAAGAGAGAUGCCAACAAGCUGCGAGUUGUAUCUUUGACCCUUGAUGACAAGUCUACAAUGGCUAGAGCUUUAAAGAGGUUAAAUGUCAAGCCCAUGUUGAUAUCAGAAAUGGUAUCUAUGUUGAGACAAAGUGCUGGAUCUUCAAAUACCUUGCGACCAAGAUGGUCUUCUGUCCGUGAUCGCGAACUACUAUAUGCAAAGUUAGAGAUCCAGAAGGCUCCUAUUAUAAUCGAUACUGCAGGACUCAGAGGUUAUGUUUUCAGAAACAUUUCCCAGUUUAAAAGGAGCUACGAAUUGAUGGAAAAAAUGCUUAAAGUUUAUGUCUACCGGGAAGGAGAGAAACCCAUAUUUCACCAGCCAAAGAUGAGGGGAAUAUACUCCUCCGAAGGGUGGUUUAUGAAACUGAUGGAGGGAAACAAGAAAUUUGUCGUGAGGGACCCGAGAAAGGCACACCUGUUUUACCUGCCCUUUAGCUCACAAAUGCUGAGGAAGACACUAGAAAAUAACAACUCGCAGAGUCACAGAGAUCUAGAGGGAUAUCUCAAGAACUAUGUCGAUCUGAUCUCUGGUAAAUAUCGCUUCUGGAAUAGAAGCAGAGGAGCGGAUCACUUUCUCGUCGCUUGUCAUGACUGGGCGCCCAAAAUAACCAGGCAACCUAUGGGGAAUUGCAUUCGAGCUCUCUGCAAUGCGAAUGGCGCCAGAGGAUUCAUAAUUGGCAAAGACACUACUCUGCCAGUGACAUAUGUGCGCUCUGUGGAGGAUCCUGUAAGAGAUAUCGGUGGCAAACCCCCCUUAGAACGAGCCAUCCUGGCCUUCUUUGCAGGAAGCAUGCAUGGUUAUCUCCGGCCAAUUCUGCGCCAUUACUGGGAGAACAAGGAAGCCGACAUGAAAAUCUUGGGGCCGAUGCCUCGUGAUAUUGACGGAAAAAGAGCUUAUCAGGAAUACAUGAAAAGCAGCAGGUACUGCAUUUGUGCCAGAGGUUAUGAAGUUCACACACCCCGUAUUGUCGAGGCCAUUUUCUACGAGUGCGUCCCUGUUAUAAUAUCGGACAAUUAUGUGCCUCCUCUCUUCGAGGUUUUGAACUGGGAGGCAUUCUCCUUGUUUGUGAAAGAGAGUGACAUUCCAAAGUUGAGAGACAUCCUGCUAUCCAUUCCUGAAGAAGAGUACCUUCGGAUGCAGAUGGGAGUUCGAAUGGUGCAAAAGCAUUUCAUUUGGCACAAAAAGCCUGCGAAAUAUGACUUGUUUCACAUGGUUCUCCACUCAAUAUGGCACAACAGAAUCUUUCAACUAAAAACCAGAUGAAGCAGCGACUUUUUCGGCCUUCCGGUACAGCCAAAGCGGGUACCAACAGACUCAGAAGUACUUAAUUAACCAUGGAAGCUAGAGAGACUGGAAAAUCAGUAAUCAGAGAUGAAGUCUAUGCCGGGAGGUCACAUGCCUCGCUUAAGGUUAGCACUGUGCUUGACCUUGUGAGCCUUGAAUCAUGGCCAUAUUAGACAUGGCUUUCGCAGGAUCUAGAUUAAUCUGCAGGCGUGACUGAUUUGAUCAGCUGUCCUCUUUUCCUGUCUGGAUCGCGGAAUCCUUCGUUUACUUUCGAUAUGAUUGAUGGCCGUGGAUUUGUAAAUAUGAUACUGUAAUUGAAGACUUCUAUUCUGCAAAGAUCAAUUAACAGCCUGUGCAAUGAAGUAGUCUUUCAUGUGAAAA